CCCAGUGUCUGCCUGAAUCAAUCCCAGACUCGGUCAUGACUCAGCGCAACCAUGAAAACCGAGCUACAAACAUCGGUUGGCAAGCCUUCCAGCAAGAACAAGAUCACCAAAGUCUUUAAACUCGACCAACUGAGCUCCGAAAGAAACACUUCAUCGAAAUCUCGGAGCAGGACCACCACUACAAAUGACCGGUUACGGUGGUCAUGGCCUCGCCAAUCUCAACUUCUACAUUCGUUCUUUCACACCAUCUGCUAGUUCAAAAUCAACUGCCUGCUUAUUAUCUCCUUUGGUUUCAUAUCCCAAAGCCUCGAGUUUUCGUUUCUCCAAGUGUUUUCCUCAACCAGGUUCUGCUUAUUUUUGUCAAUGGAAUGGUCUGAAGCAUAUGAGCAUUUCCAUCUCACCAAAGCCUCGUAAAUUUGAAAAAGGGGGAAGAUAUAAAGGCCAGGUGGUUCAUGCAUCUCUGUUUGGGGUCGGAGCUCCUGAAGCUCUGGUUAUCGGGGUAGUUGCUUUGAUGGUGUUUGGUCCCAAGGGUCUGGCUGAGGUCGCUCGGAAUUUAGGGAAAAUUUUGCGUGAACUCCAGCCCACCAUUAGAGAACUUAGGGAAGUUACAAGGGAAUUCAAGAGCACCCUCGAGCGGGAGAUUACUCUCGAUGAAAUGUCAAGUUCGCCACAAAAUACGAAAAGCCCCCAUCUAAAUAACUCUACCCCAACCCCUCUAUCAGCUGCCAGCACUGAGGAAUCUAGUACCAAGGCUGACCCUAACGUUACUCCAUCUGUGACGGAGGCUUAUACUAGAGAACACUACCUAAAAGUCACAGGAGAGCAGCUAAAGGCUUCAGCUUCUCAAAUGCCAGACCAGACACCGUCUUCCGGAGAAAGCCAGUUAGAAUCAGAAAAUCAACACAAAGCUACUCCCAACGAAACUGCUGCCACUGCAAUGAGUCCAUCUCAGAAACUCGAAAGGAAGACAUGAAAAUCGCAUGGAAGGAGAAGCAUUUACUGAUGUAAAUCUAAUCCCAUCUCAGAGCAAGGUGGUCUUCUAAAUUUUGGUUAAAUGGCUUUUAGAUUGGUUCUUUCAAUUCUUUGUAGUCAGCCGAGUAGUUGCACGGCAUGUUCUUUCAUAUCUUCCAUUUUCAGAGGAAUGUCUGAGAUUGAGGUUGGUGUAUUGUGCAGUACGUUGUAGUUGCCUUUCAUCUUAGUUAAAUAAAGGUCUGAUUUUGGUUUUA